CCGCGGCCGCGCCAGGGCGCCCCCCAGCGGCGGGGCGCGGCGCGGCGCUGAGGGCUGCUCGCGCGCCGUCGCUCUCCCCCCCCCCCCCCCCUCCUCCUCCUUCUUCUUCUUCCCCUUCUCCUCCUCCCCUUCUUCCUCUUCUUCCUCCUCCCGCCGCGGGCGCGGGCCCGGUCCCGGGGCACAGCACUGCACCGCACCGCACCAUACCAUGCUGCCCUCGCUCGCCCCGCGCCGCUCCGCCUGACGGGGGGCGGCAGGAGCUAUGCAGCCGGCCCAGCGCUAGGUGAGCGCGGCGUGGCGCGGCUCGGGCCGCAGCUCCGCGGCCAGCCCCUCGGCAGCGCGGCGGCGCCGGCACCACCGGCACCAUGAGGAACGGCGAUGACCUGGAGGGCUUCGAUGGCGAGGCGUCCAGCACUUCCAUGAUCUCGGGAGCCAGCAGUCCCUACCAGCCCACCACGGAGCCCGUCAGCCAGAGCCGCGGGCUGGGCGGCCUCCGCUGCGACCUGGACUACCUGCGGGGCACCUUCGGCAGGAUCAAGCUGGCCGAGGUGGUUUUGGCACUGAUUGCAUUCAUCUGCAUAGAGACCAUCAUGGAAUGCUCCCCUUGCGAAGGCCUUUAUUUCUUCGAGUUUGUGAGCUGUAGCGGAUUGGUGGUUACUGGAGUUCUGUUGCUUAUGUUCAGUCUAAAUCUUCACACAAGAAUACCGCAGAUCAACUGGAAUCUUACAGAUCUGGUCAACACUGGACUCAGCACUUUCUUCUUUUUCAUUGCCUCUGUAGUACUUGCUGCUUUAAACCAUAAAACUGGAGCAGAAAUUGCUGCUGUGAUAUUUGGUUUCUUGGCAAUGGCAGUGUAUGCUGUGAACACAUAUUUAGCUAUUAAAAAGUGGCGAAUGAACAGCAGACAACAAAAUAGUCGGCAGACCAGUGAUUACAUACGUGCUCGGACAGAAUCCAGAGAAGUAGAUCAUCGUCCUGAGAUUCAGCGUCUGGAUGCAUGAAAGCGACAUUCAAAUGGGACUGCAAAGGGAAAAGAAGUAGUGCUUAACUCCCUCAUGGAACGAAGGGUUUUUAUUUAAGAAAGAAAAGGAAGAUCGGAUGGUGGCAGAGAAUGCUCAGCCCUGCCUAUGUGCAGAGAUGCACUGCGUCAGAAGCUGUUGUCAUGAAGGCAGUACAUGUUGGUCAUUUAAAAAACAAGAUCUGUUUAAGAUGCUGACAUAUAUAUACACAUAUAUUAUAUAGCUUAUAUAAUAUAUUACAUAUAUAUGUUUUGAAGUAUGUUACUGUUAUGGAUUAACUGCACAGUACUUUCCUUCCCUCUCCCAAGUACAAGCUCUGCCACUGUUACUUCAUCUGUCGUAAACACUAAGACCAGCACUACAUUGGUUGGUUAACAGAGGAAUGAAAUCCACCAAAAUUAUAUUUAAUACAUGCAAAAAGGAAGUGAGGGGCAAAUAGCAAUAAUUUUAGCCAUGUAUCGUCUCCAGCAGACUCUCUGUGUCCAUCCUCAUGCAGCCUUGGCAGCACAGCUCAAUUCUCAUCUGCAAGAUCUCCUGCAGUUUCACUGUUUGUGCACUUACACAGCUGAAAUGGACAACCAUUUCCUAUUUUCUGUUUGAUGGAUAUAGUGUUGAGGUAGUUCCCCUAUGGGUUACUCUGAAAUUGCCAUAUUCAGUUCAUGCAUGACCUUGUCCAGCUCUGAACUUGUGCAAAGUUAGCAUGUUUAUUGAAUAGUCAUGAUAAUGCAUCAAGCGCAAGUAUGUGAUUUUCUGCUACUGUUGGGAUGCAUUCUAUUUUUCAUUCCAAAAUGGGAAAAUAAAUAUGGUUGGGAGGCUAGGUGGAAAAAAUGGGGUUGAGUGGCACAAUAGAGAAAGAAGGGGUUGUCAUCCAGUAGACUUGCAUUCCAGUCAUGGCCUUUUUUUAAUUUUUUUUUUUUUUUAAGGUUCAACUUUUCUGAGAUGCCUAGGGUAAGCAAAACUAGCAAAAAAUUAUGAUGUGCUUAUAAAGUGUUUCUAAGUUUGCAAUGUUGUGAUUCAUGUUAGAUAAAUAUUUUCCUUUUUGGAAGGUUGGUUGUUUCUUCUAAAAUUAAAACUGUUGGUAGUAGUUAAAACUGAUCUUUUUUUUUUUUUUUUUAUUAGAUGCUUCCGCAAGUUUUUUCUCCUAAUAUUUUUUUUGAAAAUGAGUUUAGAUAAUUGGAGGAUAAUAUGGUUGUAUUGAUUGGUUUAUAAAUACUUUCACCUAACUGAAGUUUUCUUAUUUUAAUUGUACUUCCACUGAAGAAAAAGAAGUUUUCUCUACUCAAAAGUUGAAUUCUUCAGUGAUCGGUUAGACAGUAUCAUAAUGUUGUUAGGAAGAUGUUCCUUAAUAUAUUUCUGUUUCUUUGAUUGGUGUUUUUAUCUCUGUAAUCCAUUAUUUGGCGUAUGCAUGCUUGCAUGUUACAUGAAGAAAAUGUGUUAGGGACAAGAUCUCUGGAGCUGAAUUCAUUUUUGGUGUAAGCUGGCGAAAUCUUUGAAAUUAGUGGAAUUGUAUGCCAUGUAUGCCUGAAUUUGUCUCACAUUUGACUAGAAGAGUUUUUGCAUUGUGUUCUUAUGUAGCUGUACUCUUAGGUGGAUGAAUGCAGUCAACUGGCGUCUGAAGAAUAAACGGCAGUAUGUUGCAGAUAGGUCACUUUUACACAUGAAAAACAGAUUAUACCAAACAGAAGAUCAGUAGAAGUGCCUGGGCUGCUUUAAUACCAGAGAGAGCUGGGAUAGCAGCAGGUGUGACCUAACACUGCAAUGCUUGAAUCAAGUAACAGAAUUAUUUUGAUGAGUGAAAAAGAGGUGACAAAACAUAUCUUCUAGUUUUCAGUUGACUGAUGUCUACAGUGCAUUUUAUGGUAGUGGUUAAAAUGGAGAUUAAAAUGAAGGAGUUACUAAUGAGGUUAAAGAAAACUUUCAUUUUCUUAAUGAGCAUUGGUUUACCAGUUUCUAUAGUAACACUUUAUUGUGCAUCAUUGAAAGCUAAUGCCAGAGGGAAUACCAGUUUAAAAAAAAGGUCAAACCAUGUAAGCCAACCUCUAGUGUUGGGUUUAGAAGAUAGAUGUUUUAUUGAGGUGGUGUCUCACCAGGAUUACUGUGCAUUUCAUGAAAAGUAAAUGGCAGUUCCAUGUUCAGGGUGGUAUGAAACAGCAAAGUUUCUUAUUGUCAGUACAGUUAUAGCCCUACUGUUUUUCAGCACUCUGUCAGAGUUUGCAAGGAGAGUUUGUAGAUACUGCCGAUUAUUAAAAGAACCUUUUUAGAAGUAGCACAAGCAUACCUAGACUGGAACUGUAAACUGGCAUUAAAGCAAUUUGUAUAAAGAUUGUAAAACAACAACAAACCCACCAAUACCACCCCCCUGCCCCCACCCCUACACCCCACCUCCCCCCCCCCCCCCUCAAAAAAAAAACACACAGCAAAAAACCCCCUACUCAAAUACAGAAUAUUGUUCUCCAGAAGAUCCAUGCUUUUAGAGUGGAACCCUUAUCUGAAAUCAAGAAACAGAAGUUAGGUGAUGCAUAGCAAAGGCUUUUUGUUAGGAGUGGAUCCUGUUUACUGGUUAACAACAAGAACUGAAAUGAUGCAUAUGUAAGAGAACACCCUAUUUCUCUCUGGUACUUCGUGUGCUGAUUUUGGUUUUUCAGAGGUGUGGGAGAUGUCAUGCAUCUAUAAGUUUAUGAAUUUGGUAUCUUUCAAAUCCUUACACCUUUCCUUACCUAGAAAAAGGAUAAUUUCACCAAGAUUUUUCUAGAGUGAGGUCAUGAAAAGCUUUUGUUACCUUUUAGCUGGAAUGACAAAUGCAGAGGGAUACAGUUACACUUCUAAUACAGUGUAAUACUUCAUUGUGUAGUAUAGUACACCUGAAUGACCUUGAGUGCUUUUACAUGUGAAAUAAGUUUUCUUGAGCCGAGAACAGUAUGCCAUUAUUUAUUACUUACAUCAUGACUUGAGCUUAGCACAGCUUUCAGGAUAGAAUUCAAAGAGAAUAUUAAUUUAAUACUAUCUGAUACACUUUUGUAAAACAAAAACAAAUGUAAAUUUGUAAUUUCCUUAUUUUGGGGACCAAAUAUGGUUUUAGUAUUGUACAGUAUAUACUUUCUAAAAAUCUAAGUUAAGCAUUUAUUACUCUACAGAGACAUUAUUUACUCUUUGGAUUACAUAGAAGGGAAAUAAAGUAGCUGUGAGAGACAACUAAAUUUAAAACAUUAAGAUCAUAUAUUUACAUGGUUGAUUUCCACCUUCCCCGCCGCCUUCCCCCCCCCCCCCUUAAUUUUAUAUGGUGUAUUGGAAAAGUGGUGAUAUUUUAGGACUGUUAUCCAAACUGCAGUCAUCAUAAAAAACACUCUGAAGGAAGAAAAUAGAGUAGAAAGUUUAAAAAUUUUGAAACUUGCUUAGAAAAGUGACAUUAAAUUGCUUCUUCCAGCCAGUUAGUCUUGCUAGUAAUUGCUGAGCAUAUAAGGAUAAUCUCUUUUAGUCCUUAAGACUGCUGUUUAGCUCCAUAAAGGGACUCAAAACCCACUGUAAAUAAAACUAAAUUAAAGCUAAACAGUUGAACCUUGUAGAAACGUGAUGCUUGAUACUGUAAUGGUUCUGAUUAGUUGUCCUUUGUCUAACUAAGACCUCAGAUGCGCAAUCUCCAUGUAUUUCUGUAUGUAGAAAUGAUGGUAAAUUUUGCAACCUAUGCACAGGCAUCAGAGAUUAAACAAUAGAUAUGAUUGGAGCAACAGCAUAAUAAUUGUUAUAUAGUGUAAGAAUACAUGUUUUCCUCUUAUUGUUAUGUAUGCUCAGCCUUAGUUUAAGUUUAUUGUACGUUUCUGUAAUGAGGUACAAACUCCCUAAAAUAGGAGUUUCUAAAACUGUAAUUAAGAACUGAUUUGACCGAUUCAUGACUUCUUAGUCAAGUUGAUUCCUUCCUACUCUCCACUUGUUCUUUUCAUUUCAUAUAUUCAUGCCUCAUCUAUCCUAUGUUUUACUAUGUAAGUUUUGUUAGGCCUUCAUUGAUCUGUAUAGCGUCUGCUUCAGUAUAGGGAAGAUAAUACUGUGUCCAACAUCCUUUUGCUUAAGUACGGUACUCUUCCCUUUUAUGAUAGCUUGUGAUGUUUGGGCUGGAUGUGCUGGAGGAAAUUUUAUUCUUUCCCCUAGGACUGUGGAAACUAGCUGGUAUACUGCAUGAGUUUCUGUGUAAGCUUUCUGGUAGGAACCACAUGCUUAGAGGUUGAAAGGAUUUAGAGUUUUACCUACCUCUGUCUUUUUUGAGAGACAAGGUACUGACUCUAGAGAUCUGAUGCCUAUAUUUCAGUCUGGGCUAUUUAUCAUGGGCUUUGUAUUUCAAAACAUGGCAUCAGCAAUGAGCUGUGCAUUGCAAGCAGCUUCUCAUCUUUUGCUUAUAAGAUGUUUCUUACAUGUGAAUUUAAAUAAAAUCAGUAAAGUGGGAUGCUUCUUCAUAGGCUUUGUCACAUGUGUUUCAUUGUGCAUCUCAUGACAUGGUCUGUUAUUUGUAACUGUUUGUAUUUCAUUGUUGGUUCUAGAAGGAAAAGGGGAAACCUGGGGAAAGUUUCUAAUCUUCCCUAAGAUAAUCUUAUUUUACUUUUUUUUUUUUUCUCCUGUGAAUUGUUUUAUGCUUUAUGAUGAUUGCCUCUUCCUAACACAGCAGAUUUAUGGGUUCUUAAAAUGCUGUGGAACACAGCAGGAGAAUUGAUUUGCUACAAGCUGCAUGUGGACUGUUAGGAGUGAAUUAACCACUAGUUUUCUAUGAAUUUUAAGGUCCCUAAACAAAUCUGAUAUUUCUCAUCUUUGUGCUAUUUUGGGGAUGUGCAGGCACAGCAAAUGCUUACAUAUUACGUGGUUUUACUAGUGCCUUUUUUUUUUUUUCCCCUCUUCCUUACUCCUUGUUCUCUAUGUUAUUUUCAUGUCUCAUGACAACUUUGUAAACAUUUCUGCUUGUUCUUUUUUCUAGGGGGGAAAAAAAACCCACAACCCCAAAAUCAGUAAGAAUAAUGUUUAUAGGACAUAAUUGGAAAUAAAACAAACCCAAACUUAAUAGCAAUUCAAAUAGCAUAGAAAAUAAUGUCCUCUCUCCUACCCAGAUGAGAUGCUGAACAGCUUUGUACGUGAAAAUCAGAGCAUAAAGAACAGGUCUGGUGGUGAAGGCUCUGGAGUCAAACAUCUUCAGCAGGUAUUUAGGAUAGGUAGGCACAAUCUGAUCAUAAAUUUGAGAUGUGGGGUGAAAAGGCGAGAGAAACCCAAACUUCACGCUUAAUAAUCCACUGCUUUCAAAAUGAUACGUGAACAUUAAUAAUCCCUAACUGCAGAAGGAAAGAUUGCUUCUGCGCUUCAUAGAGAAGGAGAGAGAGACACCUUGAAUCAGUAGUAAAAAUAGGUGUAGAAAUGUUUCUCUGUUCCUAACUGUGGCUGUGCUGACUAAUACAGAUGGAGAGAUUUUACACCGAUGUUUUUAAUGGUCCAUAUUAAAAGCUGAGGUAUGUUGACACAUUGUGUGAUUAUUGAAUAACUUGUGCUCAGCUGAAGUGUAGUAGUAGGUUCAGAGAGACCUGCAGGACGUGGAUGCUUGCAUCAGAAGGGCUCUGUGUGUCUAGAAGAAAGGAUAGUUUCAGACUAAUUUCUGCUCAGUCCCACUGAAAUGAGUAAAGCAGUCAUGUAGCAUUUCUGAAAACUGGGUGCUUAGUUCUUAUUGUCUAUAGGAUUUAUAACGGAUUGUUUGGAGGGCCAACAAAGCUCAAAAGGACUGUGCAGACAGAGAUGUCGUGUUUAUGAAUUUUAAUGGCAACAGAAGUAAGAAUUUAAAAAUUAAUCUGAAAUAGGUACUAAAAUCAGCAGAGUGUUUGAAAAUACUUUGUAGAAAUUAUGCCAUAUUCCUCUCUUUAUUUUAACAGAGGGAGUUGGUUAAAAAUGAAUUUAUACGAAUAUUCCAGAAGUCUCUGAAUGCACCUUUAGAGUUCUUCCUGGUGUAUUGUUUUCCCUAUUAGCCACUUGGCUACCUGGAUAGAUCUGUUUGACGGUGUCAGAGUGGUGCUGUCCAACCUGAAAAGGUUCCUUUUUUGUUCUGGUUGUAUUUUUGAAUUGUCUUUUUUAAAUCUGUCUAUAAUUUAACCAUUUGUAUUCUAAAAAUAAUUUUUAAAAAAAUCUGCUUACACUGUGAUUUGAUAGGCUUUAAUUUAGAGUAUACAACACAAUCUAAUUUUCUUUUUGGGUGUGCAGCUUUCAAAAGUGUUCUUAUAUAUUCCCAAAAAUGAAAGUUGUCUAUUUAUCAUGAGAAUGUGAUUAGAUAAAAGUUACCUAUCCAGAAUUCCAGUGCAACUCUUCCAGAUGUGCUGGGUGGAUGAGUUAGUGAAAUUGCCUUUUAAUCUCUAUGGGUUAAUAAAUAUUUUUUUAUAACUAGCCACAGAUAUUCCUUUUUAAAUUAUACUUGGCACACAGAAGAUAUUUAAUUUUAUAUACAAUAUACAUAGUUACCUUGAUUGACAUAUUUAUAACAUAGAGCUUUGUGUUUACUAUGAAGGUUUUAUCUGUAUACCAUAGACUUUGUGUAAAAUUUUAAAAAGCCAGUUACGAUAUAUGGAAGGAUAUGGAAACUAUCUUCAUUAAUUCAGAAUGAACACAUAGGAGCAUUUUAAAAAAGCAAUAGCCAGAUUGUAUUAACAGAGUAUCUGGGAUUUUUCUUAUUUUUUGAUUGGGGCUGGUCCCUACAGCUAUUUUAGUAACAUCUGGAUGUGAGUAACAAUGAAAUAUGACCAUCUGCCUCUUCUGACUGUCACGGACUAUUAUCUAGAAUAUGGGAAAUUUCAGGGUAUUGUAUUUGUUUUGCUUUGGACAAAUGUCUUAAUAGACAUAUUUAAUUAAAACCUUCAAGUGUUUGGAAGAAAAUACCCUCUCUUAACUGGGCUGAUUUAUCACUUUUGGUAACCUUUUAAUCCCAAAAGUAUUAUAGUCUAAAUAUUUUUAGUAAUGUUACAUUUAUCCUGAUGUCUGCAGGUUAAAGUGGUUCUGGCUAGCACCCUUUUAGUACAACAAUUGCUACCUUCAUUUUUCUACUGUUUAUACUUUUAAUUUUGAAUGUUUACCGGUUUCUACUUGUUGGCUAUUGUGGAGGGGGAGUUUAUCAUAGCACUACAGUUCAUCCAGCUUUAACUCAUACAUCACAGUUCUGGAGUAAGAAAAUACUUUGAUUUAUAUAUUGUGGCCAAUUUAUUACAUUUUAAAAUUAUUUCUAUACUUAAGACACAUUUAUGACAUAAUAUAACGAAUGACUUAGCUAAUCAUUAUAUCUGUCUAGACUUACUCUCUUCUGUGUUAGUGUGAUUUUGAAACUAUUUGUAUAUGUUGAAGUUUGUAAGGGUUCAGGAACCCACAAUAAAAUAGUAAAGUAUGUAUUUAUUUCUCAUUAUAAUGCUCAAUUUUGAUUUGAAAGUUGACACUUUGUAUGUCUUCUCACAGAAUUGUAAACAAAUACUGAAAAACUGCUUCACCUAGGGUGCCUUCCAUGUGUGGUAUAAACACUUGUCAUUCACAAAAAUAGAGAUGUACAUUUAUUAAACCAGUAAACACUAUUUUUGUAAUGUGAGUCAUUAAUGCAUCUCUGGCUUCAUUGUGCUUCGUUUUCACUAAUACCAGUUUUAGGGCUACUGUACUUGUUGACUUCCCUUUGUGCACUAAAUAGUAAAUCUGAUCUCAUGGCAAAUGAAAAGAUUGUAUCGCUUUUGCUCUGCUUUGCCUUCAGCUGCUACGUAAAAGCUGGAGGUAAAGCACAUUGCUGACAUGACCUAGAAGGUACUCCAAACUUCUUUCCUUGAGACUUGUGUAAAGAGAUGCUCAGUGUUGGGGUGUCCGUAUCCUCGGUGUUGAUUCUGGGUCCUCUAGAAAAACAGCAGGCGUAAUCUAAACAUUCUGAUUCUAGCUCAUAAUUCGUGAUUUAUGGUGUCCAAGGCGGAGGCAUCCAGGCCUGACGGAAACACUUUAUCCCUUGGCGAUAUAGGUCGUAUAGUGACAGAUUUGUAAUUGCUAACAGCUCAGAAGUAUUAAUUGAAAUAUAGGGUUAGAAUUUCAUCUAUGGCUGAGCAAAGGGGAUUCAAUUUUUCUUUUAUCAUAUCAGCACAAGUCUGCUGUGUAAUACCCUUGGUAUUUUGCUUCUGAAGUAAGAAAAAUUGUAAUGUUUUGCCAAGGAAAAUUUUACAAGCAUACUCUCAUGUGCAAAUGCAGAACCUGACUGUUGUCCUUACUCAGGCAAAAUUCCCCAUUGGCUUAGGGGACUGCAGAUCAGGUACCCAUUUAUCACCAAAUCCUGGUCAAGGAUUUGAAGAAUAUCACAGGUUAGCAAAUGUUCAUAUAGAGACAAUUUACAGCCUUGAAGCAAUUUGACAUUAUUUUGUUAAGUGAUCUUGAAGUUCUUAAACUGCACACAAGGCCAGCUGAUAAAAUAGAUGCUUUCUGUAGCGGUACCUACUGGCUGUGAUCACUGUCUUCUCAGUAUCAACAGCUCUAACUUAUGUGUGUAAGUGUAGCAUCUUCCAGCUCUGUAUGUGAAAGUUGUGCUGUUAAUGCUUGUCCAAUUUCAAAGGCAAGGUAACUCUACAAGAAAAAGUAACCCCAACUUGUUUUUUCACCAGUAAUGAUUUUUCAGUAUGUUGUGUGCUUCUUUUCUGUUGGUGUUUAUGCUAAACAAAAAAUACAAGCUGAAGAAUUGUAAUGUCUUGCAAUACAGAAAGCAGUCUUGUUUUUAAAAUCCAUACUGUUAUAGCAUAAUUUAAAUGGUGUAUUUAUCAGUUUUAAAUGUCAUUUUGCUUUCCAGUCUUUUGUAUAUGGGCACAAUACUUUUUGUAAAUUUUUUUUAUUUAGAUGUCUUUCUGUCUUUUUUCUUUCUGAUAAUUGAAGAUUUGAGCUCUAUGGAUUUUCAUGGUACUCUUCUGAUCAUGUCUUCAUAGUGGUAAAAGUCUGUAUUUUUGUAUGUAAGGAAAAUGGUAGUUUUCUAAUACUUAUCUUGAUAAUAUAGUAUAAAAUCAUUUGUGAAGGACUUCCUGUUUAAUAAAUGGACAUAUUAAAGUA